CUGAAUGAGGGAUGAGAGCAGAUAUAAUAAUCACGUAGUGUAAAUCUGCAGACAGAAACAUCAGACUCAGGACAGAAACACACGACCUCUAAAAAAUGGAGCAAACUCAAUAUUUGAUUCUUCUUCUCAUUGCUCUCUGCUCCGUAUCUGAAUGUGUUCAGCGUCAGUAUCACUUUAUAAACGUGAACAAGACCUGGACUGAAGCUCAGAGAUUCUGCAGAGAGAAUUACACAGAUCUGGCCACCGUUGACAACAUGAACGACAUGAACGAGCUGAAUAAGAGUGUGAAUGAUGAACGUGUCUGGAUUGGGCUGCAGAAGACGGGUGUUGAUAAAUGGCAGUGGUCUUCAGGUGAACCUGCGCUCUAUCUGAACUGGAGAUCUGGACAACCUGAUGGCACAGAUGAGUGUGCUGGGAUGAGUAAUGGACAAUGGCAUGAUUUGUCAUGUAGUAUCAGACAGACUUUCAUCUGUAAUUCAUCUAACAACAUGAACACAGGACUCGUCUUUGUCAAUCAGAUGAAGAACUGGAGAGACGCUCAGAGUUUCUGCAGACAGAAUAACACUGAACUGGUCAGUGUGAGGAACCAGAAUGAGAGUCAACAGGUUCAGGAUUUCAUUAGUAGUCUUGGGUUAUCUGGAUCAUGGAUCUGGAUCGGUCUGUUCAGAGUCAGAGACUCAUGGCAGUGGUCAGAUCAGAGUAACUCCUCUUUCAGAAACUGGAAUACUGGUGAACCUAAUAAUGCUGGAGGAAAUGAAAACUGUGCAGUGAUCAAACCAAACGCUCAGGGUCAAUGGGCAGACGUCUCUUGCAACAACCAGUUUCCUUUUAUGUGUCAUGAAGAUAAACUGAUUCUGAUCACUGAGACUCUGACGUGGACUGAAGCUCUGAGAUACUGCAGACAGAAUUAUACGGAUCUGGUCUCGGUUCAUUCAGUCCAGAUGCAGCGUCGUGUGAUGAAUGUGGUUAAACGUGCGUCUACUGAGGCGGUGUGGUUGGGUUUACACAACUACUGCAGCAUGAACAUGUGGCUCUGGUUGAGCGGAGAGAUCGUGUGCUAUCAGAACUGGGCUCCAGGGAACGGAACGACACCGGAAAACUGCAGCCUUGAGAAGAGAAAAGGAGCAGUUCAGUCUGGAGGAGAUCAGCGCUGGAUCAGCCUUCCUGAAACUCACAAACUCAACUUCAUCUGCAGCAGAUAUGAAGAGUGAGAUGAUGACAAUGUUUGUGUGUUUACUUACACUGUUUUCAUUAUUUUUAUAUUUACUUUCAUAUGUUUCUUUAGUAAUUUCUGAGUGAAUCUUCUAAUUAUAUUUUAAUAGUCUGCAUUAUAUCUCUGUGCUAAUUAUCUUAACAUAAUGUGAUCUUAUUAAAGUUUUCUGACAUCAAUGAAUAUUCUUUAGAUGUCUAAAAUACUAACACAAUAUAUGUGUGUUUUAAGACUCUUUUUGUAUAUCUGGUGUUUUCAUGUGUCUUUAUGUUUUUCACUAAUCUUAUCUGUAUCAAUAACUGUUGAAUAUGAUUCUGUGAGCAGCAGCUCUUAAGAAUAAUCAUUAUUUGUCUGAAAUCUGGUUUAUAUGUGAAGUGAAGUGGUGUCACAAUGAACUGUCAAUUAAAUGUAAUA